UUCUGAUAGCAUCAGGUAACUUGUACUGCCACCACCCAUCAACAUGUCAUCGCAUCACCUCUCUGAGUUGGACUCCACCACCGAUUCCGUCGCGUCGUCUCCACGCUCCGAACACCACGCUCCGAACGAUGGUCAUACACGUGUACGCUUCAUGUGCAGUUUCGGCGGCAAGAUCCUCCCCCGUCCGCAUGAUAAUCAGCUCCGUUAUGUCGGCGGCGAUACUCGCAUCGUCGCCGUCCAUCGAUCCACCUCCUUCGCAUCCCUCAUCACCAAGCUCUCCAAACUCUCAGGAAUUGCGAGCGUCAGUGUUAAGUAUCAGCUUCCAAACGAGGAUCUCGAUGCGUUGAUAUCGGUGACUACCGACGAAGAUCUCGAGAAUAUGAUGGAAGAAUAUGAGCGGCUAGCACAAAAUCAAAACCCUCGGCUAGCUCGGCUGCGCCUUUUUCUUUUCUCCAAUGGCGAUGACUCACGAACCAGUAGUAUCAGCUCGCUUUUGGACGGCUCGGUUAAUCGUGAGCACUGGUUCUUAGACGCGCUAAACAGUCGAGCCAAUGGGCUCGAACGCGGCCGCUCCGAGGUUUCCUCGAUCGUUUCGGAGGUACCCGAUUAUUUAUUCGGGUUGGAUAACUCCGAUGAGGUCCAACCUCGUGGCCCGAAAUUAGGUACACGUCAGCAGUUGCAUGAUAAUGUCUCAGUCUCGGACCCGGAUUCUCCCGCCCCGGUCGUUUCUUCACCUUUUUGUUCAACCUCAUCAGCUCCGGUUGUACCUUCAAUGCCGGAUCUCCCACCCGUUAAGACUAAACCCGAUAACCCCGAACCGGUUUUUGAGUCUAAGCAUAAUCAAACGGAGAGUUUCGUGGAGCAACCCGUUUCGCAGCCAACGACAUAUUCUGCUAAUCCUCCUCUGUGGCAUUAUGUUCCGGAUUCUCAUUAUCCUGCUCCUCCUCCCGUGCAGCAAAUACCCAUUUAUUAUGUUCCGGGUCCUGUUCAACCCGGAAAUCCUCAGGUUCAUCCUGUUCAAAUCCGGCCACAGUUUGUCCAGCAGUAUCCAAUUUCAACUGGUCAAAUACCCGUUGGGUAUCAUCAACCGGUUCCUGGUAUGGGUCAAGCAUACAGACCCGUCACGGUCGUAGAUCAUUAUGAGCAGGAAUUAAGAGUGGGUCCUGAUGGUGUGAAGCAACCUAUAUAUUAUGGGGUCAGAAAUGCAGGUCCCGUGCCAGUUUACCCGGGAAUGGUGGUUCCGGGUGGAGACGAACAGGGCAGAAAUGGGUCGGAUGCACAUCAGGGUCGGGUCUCCCAGAAAGGCCAGUAAACGGUUAUGUCUUCUAUAAUUAAGCGCCUUUUCUUUUUGUGUAAUUAAAACUGUGAAUUGGGGGUUUUGAGUUUUGAAACAAACUGUAUAAAAAACUCGAGCUCUGCUUUGCUCUAAAUAUGUAUUAUAUUGUUCCUUUUUGUUGUUUUAGUUAUACCUUGUUGCUUGAAUCCUUGAAUUUAUCUCUAAUAAUUUAAUUAUUUCAGUGUAC